GAUGCUACCUUUGUAGCGUGCUGCCCUCUGAACCAGGUCCUUCUCGGAAACCAAGAUACCGCCUUCGACUGUUGCGGCGUUGACUACCAUCUGACCCGGUCGGAAGUCACAGGCUACAAAUGCUGCCCUCUAGGCCAAGUCUAUGAUGGUGAUGGUGUCUGUUAUCGUGAUACAGACCUGAAAUGUAGCCAAGGAAUAAUAUUAGCGGACGGCGAGUGUGUUAAUCCCUCUAGCAUGAUUGAGGACAUGGAUGGCGCCCGCAAGGUCAUAUCUCUUCCACCUAGGUGUGAAUCAGGUAUUCGUGAAGGAAAGUACUAUAUCCUCCAAACGAUGGACGGCCAUUUACUUGGAUACGACAAAGAGGGCCAUUACUACAUCUCAGGUAUCAGCCAUGCCCACACAUUCGGAAAGUUCAAGUUUUGCAGGACCGAGGUCUGCGAGAGCACAUCAUUCAUUAAUCCCAACGAUGAAUUCCGUAUCAACGAUAUUCACGGGCAUACCAAUAGGGGCAGGGGCAGAAGGCAGUGGUUAAGCUUCUCAACGAAUGGCGGCCCUUUCCGCACCACGCCAACAUGGAACGAAGCUCAAAGAUUUUCCAUUACAAGGUGGGUUGACGGCAAGUAUUGCAUGGCGGCUCUAUACGAUGUUUUUGACACUCAAGUCUGCUGGCCCCUGGAACUCUUCCAAGUCCCUUGUGACAUCCGCGUUCCUGAGAACAACUGCAUCUGG